AUGGUAAGGAAGUCGAGGUUAUAUAAGUCAGUGCUCAAGUUACAAAGAGUCAGUAACGACCCUUCUUGUGCAGUGACAACAUCUACUCUCGGUGCAUCUCCAGAUAACGAUGUUUUCCCUCAAGCUGUGCUUAGCGACGGCGGUCUUCACGCUGGUGACAAGUGUCCUAGGCGCUCCUCAGAGAGACCCUUUGGCAGUACCUGUAAGUCCCUAUCCCUCUCAGCAAAAUACAAUUUCGGAUACGAGGUCGUGGACCCCGAGAGUGGCAACGACUUCGGCCACUCCGAGACCCGGAACGGCGACAACACCUCGGGACAGUUCCGCGUGCUGCUCCCCGACGGCCGCGUUCAGGUCGUCACCUACACCGUGAACGGGGACUCCGGAUAUGUCGCUCAGGUGGCGUACCAGUGA